ACCAACCACAACCACUACCAGUCCUUCUUCUUCAACCAUAAAUCUUGAACAAAAUUCGAAUCCUGACGUUCUUCUUGAAGCUUCUCACGCGUGCUACACCAACUUCUUCUCUUCAUCCGAGCUUCACCAGUGAACCAUGAAUGUAUCAAAGGCCUCAUCAAGCAACAAAGGUGGUUGGAUUAGAUAUUCCAAGAAGUAUUGCUUCUGUCGAAAUGUAGCUGUUAUUAAGGUCGCAAUGACUGCGGAAAAUCCUAAUCGGUUGUUUUACCAUUGCAAGCACGAGCAACCAAAAGAAAAUUGUGGAUUUUUUCUAUGGUGUGAACCUAUUGGAUGUGAAACAGAAACUACACAAAAGGUGGAUAGUAGAAUGAUGGAGAUUGAUGAUGAAUUGGAUGGUGCACUAGCUGAUCAAGCUUUGAAGUUUGAUGCUAUGAAGAAAGAACUUGAAGGUAAGUUGGCUGAGAUGAAAAAAGUAAUGGAGGAAGAGAUCGACACCGUGAAGAAGGAAUCUGAGAUGGAGAUUUCCAAAAUGAGUAAAAUCUUAGAAGCUCAAGUGCAUUUGGCGGACGAGGAAAACAAAGAAAAUUUGCUUGAAGUGAAAAAAAAUGUGGAUGCGGAAAUUGCUAGUUGUAAGAAGAUUGCCAUGGAGGAGUUGUUUUUAGUAAAAGAAUGUCUAGAUGAUGAGGUAUCUUUGCUGAAGGAAGAGGUAGGAUGGUCAAAUAGUUCAUUGUGGAAGCUGAAAUUGGUUGUGCUCAUGAUGAUGUUAAAGCUUGGUUGGCUGGCAUUCCUUAAAAGUUGAGAAGAAUUUGUUGGUUCAUGUUCUGAAGAUGGAAUGGUAGAAGGGAAGUGAAACACGGCCGUGUCUAUAUUAUGCACGAUCGUGUGUGUAUUCAGAACAAAAACAAGGUCUGAAGGCAGUGAAUUUGCGCACGACCGUGCUCAUAAGACACACGGGCGUGCGUGAUGUUCAGGUCAAUUUAUUUGUACUU